AUGGCUUCAAGGGGAGGUAUUAUGGUGACAGGUACAAACGGAGCUGAUUAUGAGCACAGGGAAAAAGUAGCGGCUCAGUAUCAAUUAAGUGCACUGAACAAAUCUCGACUAAAAUAUUGUGUAUUUUUCCAUCAUGUGCUGUUCCUGGCAAUGCUAGCUAAACUAUCUGCAGAUAUUCUUGACAAGCUUGACAUAUUUAUACUUGAAAUAGAGGAACUACAAAUACCACCGCCGCUGUGGUGGGAAUAUUUUUGGUCCUUGUCACUUCUACUAUCAUUUGUUGGCCUCUCAGCAAUCAAACGUAACAAUAUAAAGUUCCUUCGUCAGUACAUGUAUGGUAUUACCGCACUUGGUAUGGGACCAUUAUUGUAUUGUGUCAUAUAUUAUUGUGGAGACGUGUACCAAUACUUGACGUUUGAUGAAGAUGAAGAUGAUUAUGAUGAUAUUCAGUUGUGGCAGGGCUAUCCCUAUGGACUAUUAUGGUAUGCAUUCGUCCUCCUCGCUUCUCAAGUCCACUUUUUCCAGCUCUAUUUCUCAUACAAUCUGUUGAAGGCGUGGCGAGCGCGAGGCUCGUACAGGAAAGCUGAA